GUGUGUUUUGGAAAUCAGUCUAUUGGUGGAGUUGGAAGCGUUACAGAUUGCUGAGUAACCGGUUAUAAUCUAGUUUGUUUAUAUCAGAUUUUAGUGAUGCCAUCCGACAGACCUUUUAAACAACGACGGACUUUUGCUGAUCGUUGCAAGGAAGUGCAGCAGAUACGAGAGCAGCAUCCUAAUAAAAUUCCGGUGAUUAUUGAACGGUAUAAGGGAGAGAAGCAGCUUCCUGUUUUGGACAAGACCAAGUUUCUGGUACCUGAUCAUGUCAACAUGAGUGAACUGGUAAAGAUUAUCAGGCGUCGGCUGCAGCUGAACCCCACUCAGGCCUUCUUCCUGCUGAUCAACCAGCACAGCAUGGUCAGCGUGUCCACCCCCAUCUCUGAGAUCUACGAGCAGGAGCGCGAUGAAGAUGGCUUUCUUUAUAUGGUAUACGCUUCCCAGGAGACCUUCGGCUGCUGAGCUCACCAGCGGUCUGACGUGAUUGAGAUCGCCAAAAGAAACAAGGAGAAAGAAAGUAGGUUACAUCCAACCGUAGCCCUGUGAUCGCUGUAUCACUGUGUAGGAAGUCGCUUCUCUCUUGCCAUCCGUUCAUUUCACUCUGUAUUAAUUUGUGUGCAUAUAAAGGCACACCUGUACCUGUUUGUUUGCCCUUUGUUUGACUUUUAAUAGCUUUUUUGUGUGAGUGUGUGUUGAGCGCUGUUGUUACUUUUUAGCUCCAGUUGUUUUUACAGUUUAUGGUUUGGUUGUACUGCUUUUAUUUUUUAUUAGGGCCAGUGUGUAAAAGAAAUAACAUGUCAUUGUGAUAGGAUGUCUUUAUUCUGUAUGUUUUUUGUUUUUUUAAAGCUUUUAAUGAUCUGUAGUCAUUUUGUGGUUACAUUUUCCUGCUUGCUUGUAGAAUUAGCUCCAAGCAGUUAAAGAAGUGAGAUUUUAGGACCUUUUUAAAAAAAGAAAAAAUUGUAGAAAGAAAACAAACAAUAUAAUUGUUGUAAAUUACUUGUAAUGACCAUUAUCCAUUUUUCAUGGAUAGAUUUUCGUCCAGAAUUAAAACCUAAAAUUCUUGUAUACAGAUACAUUUGAUAUCUGUCGAGGAUUCCCAAGACCUAGCGUGCAUUUAUUGCUUCAUUACCCAUUGUACAGAAUGAAAAUACAGAAUAAUUAAGGUGGAGGACAUUCUUAGGCUUAAUAUGCAUCUGAGGAACUUUUUAGCCGCUACAGCCACCAGUUCUGCUAAAAAGGUGGACUGUAUGGGUGUGUUCGAAAACCUAGUGCGCUCUCUACAUAGAUAGCAUGUUAGGACAUCCUACAUGCGCUCCCGAGAAGUAGGCUGUUCGAAAUCCUAGAUGCCUUAAAAUGCUGCCUAGUAAGGUAUCUUAAAAUUUCAAUUUCAACUUUUCUUAUUUUCAAACGCAAAUACAUAAUUAUUGAUUUUUAAUUUGUGUAUAAGUGUAGUUUAUUUGCAAAUUCGGACUUGUCAGCGAAUUUAACCGUUUUCGGGACACGGUGGACAAUUGCGGCCUAGCGGUUAAGGUACUGGACUGGUGCCGCUCAGGUGGCGCAGCGGUAAAAACACACGCUGGAACCAGAGCUGGGAUCUCGAAUACGUCGUACCGAAUCUCGGCUCUGCCUUGCCGGCUGAGGCUGAGCGGCCACAUGAACAACGAUUGGCCUGUUGUUCAUAUGGGCGGGACUAAGCCGGAUAGGGUCUCUCUCUCAUGACUGGUGCAAUUACGACCUCUGCUGGCUGAUUGAUGGUGCUUGCACAGAGAUGAGAAAAGAAAAGAGUGCUCUUAGGGUGUGUCCCUCUGUACACGCAGCUAGGCUGCACUGCACUCGUCAAAGUGUAGGUGAUGAGAUGCAUACGGCAUGCUGCCCACAUGUCGGAGGGGGCGUGGGUUAGCUUCGUUCUCCUCGAUCAGAGCGGGGAUCGACAUUGGUGGAGAGGAAGUGUGAUGCAAUGGGGCAAUUGGACGCGCUAAAAAGGGGAGAAAAUGCAUAUUAAAAAAAAAAGGUACUGGACUAGUAAUCCAAAGGUUGCUGGUUCAAGCCCCACCACUGCCAGGUUGCCACUGUUGGGCCCUUGAGCACGGCCAUUAACCUUUAAUUGCUUAGACAAUAUACUGUCACAGUACUGUAAGUCGCUUUGGAUAAAAGUGUCUGCUAAAUGCUGAAAAUGUAAAUGUUAGUUGACAUGGUAGUAUGUUGUGCCACCCCAUCCCAUUGGUUUGAAUGGCAUGAGGCUAACUGUGUUAGCUUAGUUAGAGAAAACUGAUGGAAUCGCUGUCUGAGUAGCACGUUUAACCUGCCUUAUGAGCCUUAUGUAGGCAGUAAGACAGCAAGGCAGCUCACUAGGUUUUUGAACACACCCUAUAUGUAGCCUGGAAUGUCAUACAAAUCUGUACUGUAGUAAUAUGGUCCUAAAAGCAUCUUUUGCCACGCUGUAGUUAACUAUUGAUCCGUUUGACUGUUGAGUAUAAAUUAAUAUGCUUUUUUGCACAAACAAACAGCAAAUAUGAUGAACUCUGGUAAAUCAAGUAAUUCAAGCACAUAAAUGUAUUCUAUUUUGUAUCUUGCUUCGUUUCCUUUAUAUCACUAUGCGAUAUAUUUGCCUUCAGUCCUAACUUCAAUGAAGGGUUUUAUGAUGCACUACAUACCUUGCAUGUUUCUUAAUCUUUUAUAUAUUGAUUUAUUGAUGCUAUAGAUUUGUUUCAAAUUUCUUUAUUUAAAGUAGGACAAUGAGUUGUUUUAGAUGUCUUCAAACCAAAAAAAGAGAAAAAAAUAAUAUAAGUGUAUGUUUGAAACACAAGUGUAUAUAAACCAUUAUGAUUA